UCCUGUCUCAUAACCUAUUUUCCAGGACGUUUUUAAUGGCGACAAUGUUUCUUUUAUAUCUGUUACUAAGCUUUCUUUGAAGCAGUACUUCGAAGUAUCAGAGUUAAAAACUAUGCAAUGAGAGAUUUGUUAAUCAAUUUCUUUGAAAUAGAAACAGACAAAUAAUGUCACAAAUAACGAGACAUAGAAGAUUCAAAAGAGCCACUGUGCUUAUUAAAAGAACACAAUGUUUAGGGAGAUAUCUGAGGACUAAAGGUUGUAUGUCCUCAUAUGAAAAGUUAAGAAGUAAUAAUAGUUCAUUAGCAAAGGCACUUUCUAAGCAAAAACAAAAAGGACAACUUCUAUUUUCACAAAAUGUUGCUUUAUUAGCAGAAGUUCAAGACUUGAGCUCAGCUUGUAAUAAACGUGAUAAUACAAUUUUAAAAAUAUUACAAAAUGCUAAAGAAAUGCUGAAAAUGUUAGUUACAAUGACUAAAUUUGUAACAAGUACUAUUGCUUCCUGCCAAGAAUUUACACCUUCUAAUAUGAACUUACGUAUGUCUUGUAAUCCACUUUCCAAAGGAGAAAGCAGAAGACUAUCGUCUAAAUCUCCUACUAGAGGAAUAGUUAAACCGAUGGUAAGUGGGCAUACAAUAACAAAGCCCACUAUUAACUUGAGUCGAGUAAAUAUGCAACAUUUUAAUAAUCCAAUGACCUUGAGUACUAUAGAAGAAGUAUCUACGCCAGUAAUAUUAUCUGAAGAUUCAAAUGUAGAUGAUGAUAAUUCCCCUAAUUCUAUUCCAGUUCAAGCAAGAAAUACUGGUGGUCGUAUCUGUAGAAUGCCAGAAAGAUUGAAUGUUACUUCAUCAAGAGCUAGUGAAGGAAAUGAACGACGAUUAAGUAAACGAAAAAGUAAAUAUUCUGGACAGUUAUCCGAGGGACAUUCAAGAUCAAGAUCUAAUAUAUUAUCAGAACCAAAUAAUAUAGAAGAUACUCAUUUAUUAGGAAGUCCUCGUGUUAAAUUGAAUGACGUCUCCAAAUUAUUACAGAAUUGCCAAACUAUUAAUAUUCGAAGGCUGGGUUCAAUUAAAGAUAAUAUUGUUAAUGAAAACAUAGAAAUGAAUGAUUCAACAAACAAUAUAUCUAAUAAAGAAGAUAAGGAUAACAACAUUAUUUCAGAAAUGCAAUUGUCAGUAAACUUUCCAGAAGAAAAUAGUAAUGAAUCUAUACGGAGUAGUAAAAAAAGCCUUAAAAAUGAACAGCCUAAACUUAAUGUACAAACAAAUAGUAGAAAUAGUUAUAAUUACGUAUCUAUUAAGGAUGAUCCAUUGGAAGGUCCAAGCUGGUUAUUUAAUAGUUAUCAAAGGCUUUCUCCUUCAACAAAUUCAGAUAUAGAAAGUAAUAAAAUGAAAAAUUAUAAUAAUAAAAGUGACAAUGCACAACAAUGUACUACAAAAACUUCCAUGUUACAUACAUUGCAAUAUAAUAAUGAUAGUGAUAAUUAUCAAGAAGAUAAUAAAGAACCUGAUAAUUUAUGCUCUAAAAAAAGUACAUUUAAAUCUCAUACUUCAGAAAAACGAAAUAUUUUAAAUAAUUCUCAGGAGAAUGAUCUUGGAAUGGAAGAUGAUGUUAUAAUAAAUAAUCAAGGAUUUGUGACACGACAACGUGGAAAUUCUACCGAAACUACGGAUGAUGAUCUUGACGAAUUUACUUUAAUGUUUAUGCGACGAAAUAAUAAUGUACCUUUUGAUAUAAAUGAUUUACAGCUACCUGUUUUAGAAGAUUCCGUUGUAAAGUCCAUAGUUACAAAAGAACCAGAACCUGAAAUAACGACUACAUUACAGAAAUUAACACAGAAUUGUGAACUUCUAUCUACCAAUAAUGAUAUUAAAGACGAUUCGUUAAUUGAUCAGCUUACAGUUAAAUUGCCUCAGCUUUCAAAUACUACAAUUGAUUGUACGAUACCGAUGGUAGAUAUAUCAUUAGAUACACAUCAACAGAAAAAAUUAAAGAAUACAAACAAGUUACUCGACGCAAAUAAUUCUCAAAAUAUAACUUCGCGAAAGGAAAAAGUCAGAAGACAGAAGAAUAAAUCUACAAAUGACAAAGAUCCAAGUACUGUUAAAGUUGUCUUACAAAAACUUAAUGACUCUGAUGUUAAAUCACAGAUCCUUUCCUAUGAAGAAACAUUUGUACAGAAUUCUAGCGCGUUAUCUGAUUCUGAAGGUAGCAUAGUGAGUACAAACAUAAAUACUGAAAAUAGUUCACUAAGACGUCCUAAAAGACAGAAGGCACCAAAAAAUUUAAAAGAGCCAAAUUUAUCAAAAAAACUAAGGAGAUUAAAAUGAAUAUAACAAAAAAUAUAUUUAAGAGAAUAUUUAAAGCAAAGUACAUAAUAAGUACAUUGCAAUGUAAAUAAAUAUUCUAUAUAACAGAACAUUUAGUUUGUUACAAAUAUAAAUCAACGGUAUCGUGCUCCUAUUUUUUCAACAAGAUCUGUUAAAACUUAGUCUCGCAUAUAAUUUAUGUUAAGCCAAUGAAAUCUAUCCAAUCAAUGUGGUAGAGUAGAUAUUAGAUUUUAAUAAGUUUUUUAACCAUAAUUCUUCCAUAAAAUUUUUAAAUUACUUAUACUAAUGUUUUGUACCAAUUUUAACACCUAUUCAUUCCAAGAUUAAUCACACCCGCUGAAAGUGGUAUUAAUAUUAAUAAAUGACAAAUAAAUUUUUUUUGACGAACUAA